GUAGUGAUGGCAACAAGCAAGAUGUUGCCCGAAUCUUGUCUGCUGUUCAGCUAUGUAUCUCACGGCUGCCAAGAGACCAGCUACGCAAAGUGAAGAAAGUAGCUACAUGUGGCCAAAUGCAUGGCUGUAUGAUGUGGAAGCAAGGAGAUGCUUGGUUUCAAAAACCAGAUUCAGACAGGUACGAGACAAAAAAUGUGAGCUAUCUAUACACAUGGCAAGACAACAGAUGCUCUCCUGAGUUCCUGUCUUCCUUACCAACUCCUCGCUCUCACCAGCCACUUGCCACUGGCUACGGAUGUGCCACUUUGUUGUGGUUCUCUAAAUACCGGCCUCUUGAAUUGUCUAAGUAUGACAGAGCAGGCACCAUACACGACUUCUUUGUAGCAAUGUUGUGCGGCCUGGAACAUCCUGUGAUGAGUGUGCAGAAUGCUGCAGCAUGGGGAUACUUUGACGCUGCCGCUAAGACGUGGAACACUGACAUCUUGAGCGCUGCUGGUCUUCCUUUAGAACUCCUGCCGACUGUUGUUGAGUCUGGGGAAGUGGCAGGCGAACUGACAUCCAACUGGUAUGCCAUCCCUAAAGGCACACCGGUCAUAGCUUCACUCGGUGACUUGCAAUGCUCGGUGCUCCCGUUGCUCUCAGCUCCUGACAUUGCAGUCGUCAACAUCUCAACUUCAGCACAAAUCAGCUUCAGGCUGCCUGAGAGCUUUGUGCCGCCAACCAAGCCACCGACGUCACCUCAGACGACGGAGUGCGUCCCGUUUAUGGAAGGCCGAUACUUGAGCGUAGCCGCUUCUCUCAACGGCGGCAAUGCUUUGGCCGCCUUCGUUAGGACCUUGCAGCAGUGGGCCCUCGAUCUGGGAUGUCAGGUGCCUCAGUCAAAGAUCUGGGAGCGUACGCUGACUCUUGGUGCUGCGUGCUGCGAAGAACCAGAACCUGCGUCGACUUCCUCUGACGCACCUGCGGAUAAAGACUCGCCAUGUUCGGACCACAUGGCGGGGGGCACCAGGGGCAGGGAGACGCUCAUGGUCAUCACCCCCACCGUGUUUGGGGAGCGUCACUCCCCUGAGGUCAACGGCAGUGCCAGCAACAUCCGCUGUGGCAACCUCAAGCUCGGACAGGUCAUGCGUGCGCUCUGUAAGGGAAUUGUGGCCAACCUGCACAGCAUGAUGCCCAGGAGUGUGCUGCUGGACGCUGGAGUGACCCGCAUUGUCGGGGGUGGGUCAGCCCUCACCCGCAACCCACUCCUGCUGCAGGAGCUCCAGGCCCUCUACGACCUCCCCGUGACUCUGGACAGUCGCGGGGACGCUGCCAUCGGGGCCGCCAUCGCUGCCAUCCGUUCUGAUGGUGACGUUGCCACCGCUGCCAUCCGUUCUGAUGGCGAUGAGAAGAGCAAGUAGCCGCUGGUGCAGGGCUGGGCCUAUAAUUUCAAAAAAAGUUAAGAUAUCGU